CUCUUGGACUUCCCAACUUCGACAUCAAACAAUCCUAGAUCGCAGUUGGAAUGCGGAAAUGAGGAAUCCACGAUGUCGAAACAUAUCUCUUGCAUACCGACGGGUGUGCAUUUGGGAUCGAGAAGGUUUCCCGAUCGCAACGACAGACCCAAGAUAAAACCAUGGCGCUGCGACCUUACCGCAUUAUCACAACUUUACAAUCUUUACUUUCUUGCCUGCAAUGACACAAUUCAUGUUUACCAGCCGAGCUUUCCAAGUCAGAAGCUAUCCAAAGAACCAGAGCUUGUUUUACACCCGCCGAUAUCAAAUUUCGCAACCGGAUCUGGGGUCGAUCCGCAAGAUCCGCAUUCUAUUACUCGUAUCCUUGUUGACUAUCUUGGUCGCGAGGAGGUUCUUCUUGCAACCUGUGACGACGGCGAUGUCGUUGGAUACCGUAUUAAAGUCAUACAUGAAACCCUCCUGAGUCUUCGAUCGACUACAGAAUCUGUCUACGAGAAUAGAGUGGGGCCAUUCUUGCACCAUAAUGUUGGUGCUAGCGCUUGGGGCUUAGCUAUCCAUCGGGAAGCUCGUAUCAUUGCAUACAGCGCGAACACGCAUAAUAUUACUGUUUUCGCGUAUGCACUUGCGCAUCCUGGAUCCGACUCUGUCGAUUCAGACUCUUGCGAGACCGAGCCGGCAUCGGACUUUCCCUCGCCGAGACAAAAAGAUCAUGUGAUUACUCUUACGACGGAGAGCAAUGUUCCUUCGGUAUCGUUCAUCAACAACGGAGACGACCCGUCCGGGCGCUGGCUCAUCAGCAGCUCGAUUGAUGGCAAAACUUUGAUAUGGGACCUACAUCACCCCGAAACGCCCGCUGGAACCCAAAUGCCCGCUCGAACUAUUCAGUUGGGCUGGUGCGCAAGUGCCAUGGUCCCAACAACGGCACCUCAUUUGGACCCAGGGGAGUGUCUAUGUAUGGACCAUUCAAACUAUCCCCACGGUGCCUGGGGUGCUAUGAUGCUAGAUACACGAUCAGCGUAUGAGAUGUCAGCAGCGGACGAAUCGACCUUGAAGCCCCACAAGACUGCGCCUUGCUUUGCAGAUUUUACCAUGUACAAGCAUAGAUUUACAGUAAAGGCCGAUGAAAACUACCCUACCCCUGCGGGUUUCUAUAGCUACGAGUCGCUCACCGAUGACGAUGACGGGAACGGAUCUAGCGAUAUGAUGGUCGAGGACUCUGAGAUGGAAGAGGCUGAAGGCAGUUCUUCGAACCCAGAGGGCGGGCAGAAUGAGAUGCCCAAUUCGAACGAGAGCUCGGAUACGGACUCGGUGGAGAGUUUCGACGAAGAGGCUACGCAAGGGUCUGGUGUGUCUCAGGGCAGUGAUAUGCAUGUCGAAGAAGAUACUACACAAGGACUUGGUGUCCUUCACGGCAUCUCUCCAUCGAUUCCUGAUACUCAGCUUGCUCCGACCCAAAUCGCUACAGGGUCGCCGCCUCAGUCCAACCCCCAGCCUACUCUUCCUCCACAUCUCUCUGGAGCGCCACCGUGGUUCUUCCAGGUUCUCAACGAUAAUCUCUCUGCCGUGCCAUGGGAUCUCGAUGAUGAUAGCGACGACGUCAAUGAACCGUGGCCCAUGGAAACGGGCGAUCAAGGGCAAAUGACAUAUACGAGUGUAGUUCGUCUGUCUACUAAGCAAGCGUACUGCGACAUCACGGCUCUGUCCACCCCACAAUUGCCAGCCCAAGUCCCUUCCACCCCAUGCGUAAUUGUCACAAAAGACGAAGUAUUCCUCGUCCAGCGACCUUUCCACCCCUUCGACGCCCGUGACUCCCGUGACCCCGUCUUAAGCAUGCGCCGUCCAUUGCAUCCAGGACGCGCGCUUCUGUCUCCCAACUCGCAUGAUCGAAUGUGUUACUUCUCCCAAAUACCCGAGCUCGGCGUUUUCAUUGUCGCGUCACCGCUUGGGCGCGCGGCUAUCUUCAGCAUAUACUGGACAACGAAGACGGGGAAUCCGUUGCCGCAAUAUGCAUUCAAACUCGAGUACAUACUGCCGUUUCGCAGUCGGAACGAGAAGGUGGUUUCGGAGGUGGGUGUAAGGGGCGAGAGGUUGGUUGGGGUGGCGGUUGGGCCGGUUCAAGGUAUGCUUGAUAAGCCACAGGACGGCGAGGGAGCGGUGGACGGAGAGUCUUUGGCACAAUCGAGAAGAUGGCGCCUUUUGAUGUAUCAUACCGAUCAUACGGUGUUGAGCUUUGAGAUUUCGAGGCAGAGGGCGAGCGAGUCGCCUGCUUUGAGUGAGCUGGUUGUCUAAGGUCUUUUGGGUUACGGGCUUUUGACUGGCGUGGAGGUUGCUUGGGUCAGUCAGCCAUCGUCUUGACUAAAU